ACAAUGACUGUCAUAGAUUUGGGCAAUGGAUGGCGUCGCUAUGGAGACGCUGCUAUCAAGCUAUUUAGAGAGAAGAAGAACUGGACCGAUGCUCGUCACCAUUGUCAKUCGUUAGGUGGUGAUCUUCUCUCCAUUACCAGCUCACACGAAAACGACUUUGUCAACGAAGUCUUUGUCAAGCAKUUGAACUUGUCAUACUUCAGAGAAGAAUAUCCUGAUUUUGGAGUACCCUAUAAGGCCUGGAGAUUGAACCAWUYAGUGCCCACUGUACAGUUAAAAGGAACACCAGGUGAUGUAMUGUAUAGAUACGUGGAUGGACAGACUGCUUUGUAUUUCACUGGUAAACAAGGAUAUGCACAUAUUCCUCUUGUCGAUAUCAAUCCCGAGGGUUUUACCAUUACGUUUUGGAUCAAMAUWUUUCAUGGUACAUCGGGAGGAUGGCUGCAUCCAGUAAUUUUUGUGAACAAACCACUCUCGAUGGAAUUACCGUCGAAAAUCAUUGACUUUUAUUAUCAGUUUGGAACAACACAAUUUAACGUUUACAUCAUUGGUCAAAAUCAUGGAAAAGCAACACAGUUUGAAUAUAAUACCUGGAUUCACUUUGCGGUCAGUGGAAACAAGUCCACUGGUUUGUGGCAUUACGUCAUCGAUGGGAAAAAGAAAACUACYUGGASAAGYAAUGUCUUUCCGUCAAUYACAGGAAAGGAGAAUAUUCUUCUGGGUGUUAAAUCUUCAGGAGCAUUAAGAAAUAGCCAAACCCUCCAUGGAUACCUAAAAGAUAUAAUGGUGAUAAACAAGUCAUUGGACAUCAACAAGAUACAAACUAUAACUUUUUGGAAUGAGCACGGUGCGUGGAUUGGUCUUAACGACCAAGAAAACACUGGCCACUUAAACUGGUCUGACGGGACCCUUCUUGGUCAGUUUAUGCCUUUCUUGAGAAACAAGCCCAAACUGGCCCUCUCCGGACGCAAGUGUGUUGUCAUUGGUAAUAACGGUAAAUGGUUGGAUAAAAUGUGYAACACAGACAAUGAAUUUAUUUGCGAAAAACGCUUAAAGGGCUGAAUAAAGUCUGUUGAGACAUUUUUUUUUUAAUUGGGUUCGUACAAUCAGCUGUGGAAGUUACUUGACCUUACAKAAUGAGUGAAUUACGACAGGUCCAGAUGGGUUAAACGAGUUGACAUUGUUUUCCUGCUCCUCUAUGGACUGUGACCUCUUUGAAAUCAAUUGCCGAAACCACAAGACAGUCCAAAUCUUCAAGUUAAACCUUUUAAAUUGAACUCUCAGAAUGUUGAAACUGUGAAGACUGAUGUCAAGAAACUUUAAACUUAAGCGCGGGGAUGGAUCCAGAGCAGAUUCUUUGCCUGCGAGCGCAUUUCCCAUUUGGGAGGACGUAAUUUUUUUCAUAUAUCAGUAUAAAUGCUUUUUUCUGCUGUUCAUACUUGUGUUGUACUUUUAUCGAGAAAACUAGUAGCAUACUGUGGGGACACGCUCAAGUGCCAAGGAUCGUUUUGAAUUGCCACUCGUUUAUUGG